CAGGCAUAGUUAAAGAUGUCAAAGGUCAUCUAUGCUGAACCAGAUAUGAACAAGAAGGUCAAGUUUGACAGAGGUGAGAUGGAGGAGAGGAUUGUGGAUAUCUAUGUCAGUGCAGACACCCUGAGAGACGGUGAGACCAGCACCAAGAGAGAAAAGUCAGCAGACGCUGCUCCUAAUAAUGGUCGAGGAGACCAGAACGCAGGUAAAACACGCACACACACAAAACAUAACAGUAUAUUAUGUGUGUCCACAGAGCCUGAUAGCUCAGGGAAGAGACCCUUCCUAGUUGCUGCAGUGUUUCUGGGGCUGCUGUGUGUUCUCCUACUGGCUGGGAUCAUAGGCCUGUCUGUCUACUAUAACAGAGCCAUUAAAGAUUCUGAGGAUAAAAGGAACAACUUGUCACAGAGUUGUUCCCUUUAUGAGAAUAACGCAACUGCAGAGAGAGACCAGCUACAGACCAGAUACAACAACCUGACUAAAGAGAGAGACCAGCUACAGACCAGAUACAACAACCUGACUAAAGAGAAAGGUCAUAUUCAGGCAAAGCUUUUUGUGAUGGAGCAGCAUUGUCAGGAGGGAUGGAGAUACUUUGACUCCAGUUUGUACUUCCUCUCUACUGAGAAGAAAACCUGGGAGGAGAGCAGACAGGACUGUAAGAGGAGAGGAGCAGACCUCGUGAUCAUAAACAGCAGAGAGGAACAGACAUUUGUCUUUAACCUCCACCUGAGAGCCUGGAUUGGUCUGACUGACUCUGUCACUGAGGGGACCUGGAAGUGGGUGGAUGGCACAACACUGACCACAGGGUACUGGAGCGCAGGACAGCCUGAUGAUAGAGAGCAGGAGGACUGUGCUGAAAUAUACUUUAGUAAAGAUGACCCUGUAACAACAUGGAAUGAUGACAAAUGUGGCACAAAUCAUAACUGGAUCUGUGAGAAUGUGGUGUAACAAUAACCUACAGCAACAAACAUUCUGUCUCCUCUCUGUGUGUCUCUCUGUGUCUCUCAAUUCAUUUAAAUUAAAGGGGCUUUAUUGUCA